ACCACCUCAUUGCUUCUUGUUGUCUCUUUGUUACUCCGUAGUGUGUCAUUCUCAAACAAUGAAAAUUUACAAUGUGUUGAUUGCUUUGUGUCUUUGCGCUUUUUUCACGUUUGUUUCUUCUGAUAGCCCAGAAGCAAUGCGAGAUCUCGUUACGGAUUUUCCUGGUCAAUCUGGUGUGAGCUUCAGACAUUACGCCGGUUAUGUCCCGGUUGAUACAACAAAUGAGAGAGCUAUGUUUUACUGGUUUUUCGAGGCUAUGAGUCUCCCAAACCAGAAGCCUUUAGUACUAUGGCUUAAUGGAGGGCCUGGAUGUUCUUCCGUUGGAUACGGAGCAACACAAGAGAUUGGUCCAUUUCUCGUUGAUAAUAAAGGAAACAGUACUAAGUUUAAUCCCUAUGCAUGGAACAAAGAGGCCAACAUUCUGUUUUUAGAAUCUCCCGUUGGUGUUGGGUUUUCGUAUUCAAACACAACUAGUGAUUAUAAGAAAAUCGGCGAUGAUUUUACAGGGAGAGACGCAUACACCUUUAUCCAAAAGUGGUUAGAAAGAUUCCCAGCUUACAGAGAGAACGAUUUCUACAUAGCAGGAGAGAGCUAUGCAGGAAAGUACAUACCAGAGCUUGCAGAGAUCGUUUAUGACAAGAACAAUGAUAACUCGUCACUGCCCAUCAAGCUUAAGGGCAUCUUGCUUGGAAAUCCUGAAACGUCGGAUGCUGAAGAAUGGGACGGAUAUGUGGAUUACGCAUGGAGCCAUGCAGUAAUAUCAGACGAGACGUAUGGAGUCAUUAAAAAAAGUUGCAAUUUCAGUAGCAGCAUUACUUGGGAUAUUAAAGAAUGCAAAGACAGCGUCGACGAAAUAGUCAAGCAAUAUCACAAAAUUGAUCAGUACAGUCUCUAUACUCCUACCUGUAUUGGCAAUUCAACGCUUAACUCCUCCGUUGGUUUGACGCGAUUCAAGACUUAUCUCGCCAAUUCCAAAGAGAUGCCGAGUUUGAACGGAAAUUACGACCCGUGUUUAGAUGAUUACACAAGAGUGUUCUACAACAGAGCAGAUGUUCAGAAAGCUCUUCAUGCAAGUGAUGGUGUUCAUCUCAAGAAUUGGAGCAUUUGCAACGAUGAUAUUUUUGAUAAUUGGGCUGAUUCAAAUCCCUCAGUUUUGCCAAUAUAUAAGAAAUUAAUCGCUGGAGGAUUUAGAAUAUGGGUUUACAGCGGCGAUACAGACGGAAGAGUUCCUGUACUCGGGACAAGGUACUGCAUAAAGAAAUUGGAACUGCCCAUUAAGACGUCUUGGAGGCCAUGGUACCACGAGAAGCAGGUUAGUGGAUGGCUUCAAGAAUAUGAAGGUUUAACGUUCGGAACGUUCAAAGGAGCAGGACAUGAUGUGCCUUCUUUCAAACCUAGUGAAUCCCUUGCGUUUUUCUCCGCCUUUCUCAAAGGAGUUCUUCCUCCUUUGUCACCAUAGAGAGACAAAUCAUUUUAAAGAUUUUUAUAAGCUAAUAAAUAAUACAGUUUUGUAAGAACUUAUACACAUAUGUAUACUUAUAUUAUGUGUUUUGUUUUCAAAUCAUUGAAAC